UUUAUCAGUCACUUGCAGAGGAAGGCAGUUGCGUCAACGCGGGUACGGAGAACUUUUCAAGAUGGCAUCCUUUGCAUUGUUGUUGAUGGUGGUGGUGCUACUUCGGUUUGAAUCUGGACACAGCUCCCAUAAACAUCAUGAAGAUCAUUACAUUGGCCAACAGCACAACCCUGAACAUGACAUGAACAUCCUGAUGGGAGAUGAGGACACAGAUGAGAUAAGGAAACUGAGCCCAACAGAACAGAGGAAAAAGAUGAUGGAGAUCGUGAAGAAGAUUGACACGAAUGCUGACAGCCUGCUAAGCACAGAGGAAAUCACACUUUGGAUUCAGCAUGUCUACAGAAAAUAUGCUCUGGAUGAUGCAAAAGAGCGCUUCCCAGAGUUUGACACUAACAAAGAUGGUGUUGUAACAUGGGAGGAAUACAACAGUGUUGCUCAUGACCAGCUCAUUAGUUUUGAUGACGAUGCCAUCCUGGAAGAUCCAGAGCAAGAGUCUCUCAGACAUCUCCAUUUUAAGGAGAGGAGGCGUUUUGACUUUGCUAACGCUGACAACACAUCAGGACUCACUGUGACGGAGUUUCUCGCUUUCACCCACCCAUCUGAAGUAGAUCACAUGGCUGAUUUUGCCAUUGAAGAUGUGCUAAAUGAAUAUGACACAGAUAAUGACGGAUUUAUCAGUCUAAGUGAAUUCAUCGGGGAUGUUCGUGGUGAUGAUGAUUCUCCUUCUCAGUGGGAGAUUGAAGAAACAGUCCGGUUUAAAGACCUGUAUGAUCAAGACAAGGAUGGCAAGUUGAAUAGAGAAGAGCAGCUCCGCUGGGUUGCCCCUAAUAGCUAUGGUUCAGCAAGAGAAGAGGCUCUUCACCUCCUCAAGGAAAUGGACCACGAUGGUGAUGGGCAGAUUUCAGAGGCUGAAGUUUUAAAAAAUCAAGAAACAUUCUUGCACAGUGAAGUGACAGACUAUGGCAGACAGCUACAUAUAUCUCACGAUGAGUUAUAACCAAAGUGUUAAUUUUUGUUUGUUUUCUUAAUUAGUCUCAUGAAGGUGUAAUUUCCUGUUUUGCACUUUGAUACUUGUCUUUGGAUUUAUGUUGCUGAUCUUAUCCAUCCUGGAUUGAGUUGCGUCAGUGACUGAUGUUGUCAAAGUAACAGAGAGCCAUGUAUUGCUAUACAAGAAUUGUGCAUCACUAUAUUGUGCCACUGCAGGAUUGUUUAAGCAGUUGCUCAUAUCAGUGAAAUACGAAUUACAUUAAAAGCUUCACAAAAAGUAUGCAAUACCAUGGUAUUUUAAUACUCCACAUGCUCCCUAAGAGCAGGAGAAUUCAAGUAGGUGUAGGACUCUAACCACUUUUGUAGAAAACGGCACAUAUUUAGUGAGAAAAUGUCAACUAAUGUUUGUUUCAAUUCUGGCUUUGUACUGUCUUUUCAUGCGUGCCAAAAAUGGUCUGCAGUAACUGCUGACAGGCUGCAGCUCUUCCUCAUUUAAAUCAAAUGAGUGAGAGAGUAAGCGUUGCUGUGUGAAAGCUUGUUUCCUGAAUGUGUCAUGAUCUGUUUCAUUUGCAUUGAGCGACUGCCUGGUAAACUGCUUGGCGUUUAAGUGUGAUUUCAAUCGGAUUGAAUUCUUGAACUUGGAUUUUUUUUUUUAACCUUUUGUGAGAUGAAAUUAGAAUUUAAAGAUGCCUUUUGGGUAAGUCAAAGUGAUGCUACUAACCCUUUAAUUUUGUAUGUUUCUGUGUAGCGCUGAAGCUGAGCAUGAGCUUUUUACCGUGGUGUUAUGCAAAUGUUUAACAUGGUAGUUCACUGAAUUUUUGAGGGUAUAAUCUUUUAUUUACUUUAUUUAUGCGUUAUAUUUUGUGUUCACAGUUUCUACUGUACCACUGAUAACGUGUUUAGCUAAACAUGUUUUUCUUCCAUUUAAACUAAAUGAAUUGCUGAAUUCAUGCUUUUAUUAUAAAAAGAGACUUUAAAUUUUA